CUCCCUCCCCUCCCCUCCCUUCCCUUCCAUCGGGCGCUGCUCUGCCUCUUGUUCGCACCGUCCGCCUUCUUGCUCGGGAUCUCCGUCCGUUUCUUUGCUGGUGCAGCGGGACUCGGCAGCGAGGAGGCGGAGGAGGAGGUGGUGAUGGCGGCGGAGGAGCAGCAGCAGCAGAGCGGAGACAACCGGGGAUGGAGCGAGGCUCAGCUGAGGAACUACACCUUCGCGACCAAGGCCAUCCCCAGGAUGUCCCACAGCGACCCACGGGUCGAUGCCUUGAUAGACAACGAGGAGCCAGUGGUGCUGACUGAUACCAAUUUGGUUUACCCUGCACUGAAAUGGGACUUGGAAUACUUGCAGGAGAAUAUUGGAGAUGGGGUCUUCUCUGUUUAUGUUGCCAAAACACACAAGUUUUUGUACUAUGAUGAAAAGAAAAUGUCCAACUUCAAGAAUUUCAAACCAAAGUCAAGGCGGGAAGAAAUGAAAUUCAGUGAGUUUGUGGAAACACUUGGUAAAAUCGACCAACAUGAUGAAAGGUAUUAUUUACAACAAACAUUGAAUGACACAGUAGGGAAGAAGAUUGUCUUGGAUUUCCUGGGUUUUAACUGGAACUGGGCUAACAAGCAACAGACAAAAUGGAACUGGGGGCAGCUCACAUCCAAUUUACUUCUUGUGGGAAUGGAAGGAAAUGUUACACCAGCACACUAUGAUGAGCAACAGAAUUUUUUUGCACAAAUUAAGGGUUAUAAACGUUGUAUUCUCUUCCCACCUGAUCAGUUUGAUUGCCUAUAUCCAUACCCAGUCCAUCACCCUUGUGACAGACAGAGCCAGGUGGAUUUUGAAAAUCCAGAUUAUGAAAGAUUUCCUAAUUUUAGGAAUAUAGUGGGAUAUGAAACAGUUGUUGGGCCUGGAGAUGUUUUGCACAUUCCCAUGUACUGGUGGCAUCAUAUUGAGUCAUUGCUGAAUGGAGGAAUCACUAUUACUGUCAACUUCUGGUACAAGGGUGCACCAACUCCAAAGAAAAUUGAAUACCCAUUGAAAUCCCAUCAGAAGGUUGCCAUUAUGAGAAAUAUAGAAAAAAUGCUGGGAGAAGCUCUAGGAGAACCACAGGAGGUCGGGCCAUUAUUAAGAAUGAUGAUUAAAGGCCGAUAUGAUCAACCUUACAGUUAAUCGUCUUUCUGCGGACUGUUCACCGAUGCUUUCCGAAAGUAAAUGGCGCCAGAGAGAGACUGAGCAUACAGUCCCAUGAACAUUGCGUGCCUGCACUUGAAGAAACACAGGAACUUUUCUUAUUCAAAAUCGGCUGCCAUCGAUCAUUGUGGUGAAUUGUUGAAUCCACCAUCCAUGUGCCUGUUGGACAGAAGGUUCUGAAAAUGGAAGUCUGUUAUCAGUAAAUUGGCACCUCUCCCCAGAAAUGUUUAACACUGAAUGUGUGCGUAGACCACUUUCAACCCAUUUAAAAAGGAUUUAUGUUUAUAUUUUUAAACAAUGAACUUUGUGCUCUUGCCGUUGGAGUGGUAACAUUGGACUGAGUGCUGAAGGUUUCCAUGCACAGGACUGACAGAUGGAGGUUUAUCACUUUGACCCUCUAUAUUUGGAUUUUGAAAAGGCUGGUCUGGGAUUGUGAAAUCCUGUGAUUUGUGAAGAAUUCAGUGACAUGGUCAGGCCUGAAAAUGCUCAGUUUCAAAUAAUAACAAGGUGACGAUAGUAAGCAUAAGAUCAAAUGAAAUAUUGUUGUCACUUGUUGGAUACAACAAAAAAUGCUUUUAACUUUUAUCACGGGACAAGGUCAAACAUUUUGUGUAAGGCACUGCAUCCCCUAAAAAGUGCUAAAGUAAGGCAGAGCAUCAGACCAAGCUAAUGUCACAAUCUUGAAUAUUAUCCGUUGUGUCUUUCAAGCCCUAUUGCUAUUCGUUUGAGAGAGAGUACCGUGGAUGCGAUCAUUUAGGGUAAUUCUGGUUGCACAUAUAAUUUAACUUUUGGGGCACUCCAAGUCUUUCUAUUUGCCUGUGUGUCUGGCUAUCUGUGUCUUAGCCACUGUGUUAGUGUGUAGUUAUUUCUCCCUGCCCAUCUCUUGUAUUUUCUUGUGCUUCCUCCCUCUUGUUCCUGCACUUCCUCCACCUCCCCUACAUUGUCUACACCACCCCAGGUGUAGCUUGUAUUAAAUGUCUUCCAUUUCAAACAUCGACAUUCUACAACUUAUUAAACCAAUGAUAAUCAAAAUCAUACAAUGCCUUUGGGGUAACUCCUAUAGUUUUAUUGUCCCUAUGGUUUAACCUCACUUGCUUUGAGCAAUAUCAAAAGACUUUGCACUCUUUCCUUUUCACUCUUCCCAUGCCUCUGUGUCUGCUUGAAAUAUAUCAUGGUGACCUUUUUCCUCGUCUGAUGAAAAGUUAACAGCCUGAAAUACUAAUUCCUGCCUUCACUUUCAUUUUACACAACUCUGCCUGCUUCAAAUUGAGAAGCGAUCUGAGUGUAAACUGAUUAAAACCUUAUUCUGUUUUACUUUCCAUUUGGGCUAAUGUGCGGAACUGAAAGGAAAAUUCCAUAAGUGCUGUGAAUCUGAAUCGAAAACAGGGGGAAAAAAUGGAAAUGGGUCAGUGAGCAAAUGAAGAGAGAUUGACCAGGCCUUUCAGACACCCCCGGAUUUUUUUUGAUUUUUUUUAAUGUAACCCACUACACUCCCUGUCCAGAAUCACCAUUCCAUCUCAUCACUUAACGUUCUCCACCUCACUUUCUAUCUAAACCCUUCAAGAGGGGAUUUUGCCUCAUUGCCUGUUCGUCCUAUCCUGAGUAAUUAGCCAGUCUGAUGGAGAAAAUCUUCACGGUUCACAAUGAGUUUUCUGAAGCCGUCAUAUCCCUUGCUGUUUGUGAGGAAGAACAGUGAGUUGCACGAUAGCUAAUCACACUUACAGUCGGCUCUUUUCACCCCACAUCUUUGACAGAACUGAUUAUUACCAAUAUUACAAUGAGAUAACAGUUGGAAGUACAAAGAAAAAGCAUUGGCUAAGUGGUUAGUACAGUUCCUGGAUAAUCCAGACUGAGAAUCCUGGCCCUUUGAUUAACGAUUUCUGUGAGGAAACAUCGUGGGACUUCAGUAAGGGAAAUCACCACUUUAUGGAACGAGUGGGCAGUUUGUGCUGUAAUUCAAAUUGAUCCUUUCAAGAUAUAAAAAGGAGUAACGAAAUAUAUGCUGCUUAAAAUAAUUUAUUUGGCAGCACAUUGUUAACCUGUCUUCUCAUUGUGGUGAUUCAGUGAUUCUGUUUUUAUGGGGAAGAUUCAUAGCAUGAUGUUUACCUCUGAAUUUUUAUUUUCUCUGGUCUUGGGACACGUCCCCAGUUUCCUACAAAGAGGGAAAGGAGACUGUGACUGCCCCAUGGCUGUCAGGGUCUUUGUUACUCAGCUUCAAACCUGCCCAUAUAUUUCAACACUGUUGUCAAAUUCCUUGGAAAGCUAGAUGCUCCCUUGGAGUGUAGUUACCUAGUUAAACAAAACAGUCUCAAUGCCACUACUUCCUCCUAUGUGCUGGAUUCAGAGAAUCAGUCACUUGUCGUUGCACAUUACCUAAUCAAUCAGAAACUAAAUGAGCACCUUUGUAUAGUUUGUGUGACUAUUCUAAAUUCCUGCAAUUAAAAAAAAAAAAUGAAUCACUGGCUGAAAGACGGGCUAUUGAUUCUAUGAUUUCCGUUAAAGGUUUGGUGGCCUACUCAGUGUCAUUCACUACACCCUGAUUCUAAACACACCCUGCCACUGCUGAGUGUAAUCUAAUGGAAUUGGCUGAUUAGUCUGAGAUCUCCCCUGCAGUAAUUGAGCCACAAGAAUAAUGCCAUGCUGGGCGUCAUUUUGAGGAACCAGGUGUGAUCUUGCCGAGCUCUAUAAAUGAUGAACACGGUUUAAGGUGGGAAACACAAUGGUGUUUCUGUACUUGGGGGAGGAUUUUGAAAUGAUGAUUCAUAACUAGAAGGUAAGCUAAUAAUGAUUUAGGAGAAAUGCAUGGUUCCCUCUAGCCCCUUGUGCUUACUAACCAUGAGCAGAAGAAUGGGGUUAGGAAUUGCCUUCUCCAAUAGUAUUAAUAGCAGCUGAUUGUUGGUCUGAAGAUGGAUCUAGGCCCAAAACGUCACCCAUUCCUUCUCUCCAGUUAUGCUGCCUGUCCCUCUGAGUUACUCCAGCUUUUUGUGUCUAUCUUCAGCUGAUUGUUGGAGUCUGCUUCUGAUAUUGGGUCUCAAUGAGGCUAUCCAAACUAAACUUUGGAAACCAAAUAUAAUAUUACUGUUCAUUGCCAUGUGUCAUAUGUUUCAAAGGCAGGGUUCUUGACAAAAGCUGACCUGACUAAAGCUUCUGAUAAUGUUAUUCUGUUGACUGAAUAUUUCUGACAAUUGAUUUCCUUUCAAAGAAUGAAAUUAAAGUCUCCCCCCCCCCGGUAAUAUAAUAAUCCGAAACACUUUUCCAACUCACAAAUGAGGCACAUUGAAACUUUCCCUUUUAUCUCAUCACGUGCUUAUGGUGCCCAGUUGAUGUUGGUGCCCAGUGAUAGUGGUGCUGCCUUGAGAAAGGGAAGAACAACAUCAGCUACAAAAAAAUGUGCGAGAAAAGUUCACAACCCGUCUUGCACAAUAAUCUUGACGGUGACAUGGUUGUGAAGAGUGCACUUUUUAAAGGGACAUUUACUAAGAAUGCGUGGUAUUAGACGGUCCCCAGUUUCAUGCACGGCUGAUGAUUUUACUGUUCUUUAACUCCGCUAGUGAUGGAUGAGGAGCUUCAGGAGUUUGACCUUGAUGUUUUCCAAAUGUAAUGUUAUGGUUCGACGUUGUGAACAAUUAUUUUAACAAUAUAGCCUUUGGAUUUGGUGUUAAAGUAAGAGCACAGAAGGAGUGUUUACAAGAAACAGAUUAUUCUCUGAAGUGUGAUUGCUUGUAUGAUAGCCUCUAACCUCAAAUACUUUCUGAUAUCAAUCGUUAAAAUAUGUGAGGAAACUCCCUUUGCUUCUCAUUUGACAGGAAGAUUCAGAAACCCUCGCAUCCCUCACUGUUUCACACACCCACCAUUCUCACAGGAAUUCACCAUCCCGUGUUUGGAGUUGCUUCCCGUGCAACUAUAGCUUUGAUUAUGGAAAGAAUAGCAUUCGAUUUCUGAAUUAGAA